AGCAGAUAUUUAAAACAAAUUAAAGAUGUAAAACUACGUCCGCAUAAAAUUCGCAGAGAUUUUUGGAAACCUAUCAUAGCAGUAACUGGUUUCUCUAGUUAUGGCUCUGUGACAGCCACUCAUAAUGCAGUUCGGGAUAAACUUGACACAUAUCCAAAACCCCCCGAUUAUAAACAAACUGCUCGAAAAAUUCGCCAAAUCGAAGACAUGGAUCAAAUUGAUAAAAGCAUUUGCAACUUAUGUUACGCAUUAAAUAAAUUAGGGUUGAAAGGUAUGGAAAGUAAUGAAACUAGCAGAAUUAAAAUUUUUUGGGAAAGAGAAACUUUAAAAGAUGUUCCAGCAGAGAAAGCUGGUUUGGAAUGGCCUAGAUUUGUUGUGCAUAAAAAGCUGCUUUUAGACAGAGGGAGAUUGAUGAUGAACACUGAGUUUGGACCAAAGCCGUUUAAAGUUAGGCAGGCUUAUAAAGAAGAAAAACUAAAAGAAAAAGCGAGAAAACUUGAAGAAAGAUUGAAGAGAAUUCAAUUGAAGAGAGAGAAAGGUGGUAUUAAAAGCAUUGGUGUUAUGAAUAGAUUGCUCGUAGGAGGAAAAUCAGCGAGCGAAAGCAAAAUCAAUGUUUCUGAUCAGAGUUCUCUUCCAGAAUCUGAUCCUUAG